UUUUGGUAAGCGCCACAUACUGUGUAUCAAAUGAACAAAACAAUUCUUCGACAAACGUUCAACUAUAACACCAAGGUUGAGGUAUAAGCACAAAUUAAACAACAAUGUCUGACGCUAUCGUUUCUUACGCUGCUUUGAUCCUUGCUGAUGCCGGUUUGGACAUCACCGCCGACAACUUGGCUACCUUGACCAAGGCUGCUGGUGCCUCUGUUGACCAAGUUUGGAUCAACGUCUUUGCUACCGCUCUUGAGGGUAAGGACUUGAAGGAGAUUCUUGCUGGUUUCGCUGCUGCUGGUCCUGCUCCAGCUGCCUCCGGUGCCGGUGCUGCUGCUUCUGGUGCUACCGAGGCUGCUGCUGAGGAAGCUGAGGAGGAAGCUGCUGAAGAGUCCGAUGAUGACAUGGGAUUCGGUUUGUUCGAUUAAACCAACUAGCUGUAACAGUAUUAUGCAUUCUCUUUAAUGAAAUCUGGUAAAGUUUAUACCUUUGUAAGCAUUAAUUGGCGAAACUACGUUGAUUAGUUCCACAAUAGAUGUAAAAAAAUCA